AUGGGAUCUGGAUUAUGUGGAGUAAAAUCCGAGAACAUCGAUGACGUGAAAUCACGACGGAUAGAUUCCGAACUGAAGAAGGAUCACGUCGUAGAAAGAAAGAAGAUCAAAAUUUUACUUUUGGGUAGCGCUGAUUCCGGAAAAAGUACCAUUGUGAAGCAAAUGAGGCUGAUCCACUCUGCUGGUUUCAACGAAACGGAAGCCAUAGACGCUAUUUUUGUGAUUCGAAAAAACUUAGUCGAUGCUUUCCAUGCGAUAGCUGUUGGCGUCGAACAAACGACCGUGGAUAUUCCAGAAGGCGAAAAAGGCACAUUGGAGCAAUUUUCCCGACACAGUCAAGAGAUAGAGGUGAUGGAAGAGAAGAGUGAAUUGCAAUUACUGAAGGAGUUUGGGACUUUGGAGACUGUGCAGUCAUUCCUUGCAAAACACUCAACAUGGCCAUCUAUACCAGACAAUUUUCCUUAUUUCUCUUCCCAACUCCACCGAAUUCUAACUCCAGACUUCUUACCCAAUAGUAUGGAUAUUGUGCAUAUGCGAAAAGCCACUAUAGGAGUGCACGAAUUCGCAUUCGAGUUUAAGAAAUAUGCAAUAAGGCUCAUAGACGUGGGUGGGCAAAGAACUGAGAGAAGAAAGUGGAUUCACUUCUUUGAAGAUAGCACAGCAGUUAUGUUCGUAGCAUCAUUGAGUAGUUUUGACCAAAUCAUGGAGGAAGACAUGAAGUUAACACAGGCAAGGUUCAUUUACAAUACUUGA